GCUGAUUCUCUGCUAUAUCACGCAAUGCCAGGCUGCUGUCAACCUUUUUUUGUUGAGUGUUAUGAGCCUAUGAAUGGCCCCUUUGACAUAGUAGCUUACAGCCACAGUUGGAGCGUGCUUUUGUACCAUCUUUUUUUCUUCCCAUGUCAGUCAGAUUGGUGCUCAUAAAUGGAAAAUAACUCUUCAUUUAUCUAUAUUUGUUGCCACUGGUCGAUGUGCAUAAAAACAGGGAGGUAAAAUGGAGAUCUAACUCCAAAGCGUGAAUUGGUCAAGUCUUAAUGUAAAUUUGUCGUAGCAAUUGUUAAGAUGGCAUUGUAUUGGAUUCUGGUAGGCUUUAGAGCAACUCCAAGAGAAACCUUAAAAUAACACUAAAAACAUUUAUUGGUGAAAAACACCUUAUUGAGACGUCCAACAAUAUCUUCAUCCUCUCCCCAAAACAUUCGCAUCCCGAAUCCGCCCGUCCCUCUCCCGCAUAUAUUGGCGUCGCCGAAUCCUCCCCAAUCGCCCGAGCGCACGCGCACCCAGUUGUUUGGUACACAAUAGUUUGCUCGCACCCAGUAUCGUUGGUUUUGGAAGGCACGAACCGUCAGUGGCCACGGGAGGUUUCAGCGGCAGCGGUAGAGGAGACGGGAGAGGGUACAACAGCGGUGGAGGAGGCGGAGGCGGCGUCGACGGAGGGAGAUGAAGCCUGGUUGCGGCGCUGCUCCGAAAGCGCCAGUGGAAUCCAUCGGAGGCAAAGUUUCUCAUAUGCAGAUGGCCGGAGAUGGAGAAAUAGACUGUGACGGUGGAGGCGCCUUGCAAGGACCUCUCCGCCCAUCAGUGCCAGGACGCGCAAGAGCCAUCGCAAAUCCAUUUUCAUUCCCCUUCGGAUGCAGCGACGUGGCCUUCUGUUCAUCCUUCAAGCUAGCGGCUAAAAAGGCAUGAAACUGGGUGUUUAGGGUAGGAACGUGGCUACUUGUGUUUGUGUCUGAUUGGGGUCGCAGGAGGAAUCCAUGAUUAGCAUCGCUGAUGCUUUGUGUCAGUCUCCAAACACGGAGGUUUAUGUUUCGCAGAUCCAUUCAUGUCCGAUUCAUUAGACAAGGGAUGACCAGCGAUGCACAGGAGCUAUGAACAACGAUGACUACCGACCUGCAGCACAUACGAGCCCAUGACGCAAACGAGUUGGCCGAAAUAGUUCAGAUGAUUCUGCUGGUGCCAUAGGUGUGAAGUACUUAGUGGGGACUGGGGAGUGGGCGGACAAGAUUUUCAUUAUAGCCAUAUAAAAUGGAGUGUUCCAAUUCAACUAGUUCCCAAGGGCAUCAUGUAGGAAAGUGGAAUCAAGUGCAAAUCAUUGAUCCUUCCAUUGUUGAAAUGGGACCAAGUCACCUUCCACUGAGUUUCAUGAGAAGAUGCCGUGGAGUAUUGUGUUUGGUGAUUAUGAUAUUAACAGCAUUUAUGAUGAUGGUAUACCUGUCCCCUGUUACUACUUUCCUUGUGAGGUUGUUCAGUGUGCAUUACAGCAGAAAGUCUACAUGCUUCCUGUUUGGGAUGUGGUUAGCCAUGUGGCCUUUUUUGUUUGAGAAGAUUAACAAGACCAGGUUUGUUUUCUCUGGUGAAAGUGUGCCAGCAAAAGAGCGUGUUCUGUUAUUUGCUAACCACAGGACCGAGGUUGACUGGAUGUACUUAUGGGAUUUUGCAUUGAGGAAAGGCCGCUUGCAGUGCAUCAAGUAUAUCCUUAAGAAAAGUUUGAUGAAGUUACCUGUUUUCAACUGGGCAUUUCACAUUAUUGAGUUUAUUCCGGUAGAGAGAAAGUGGGAGAUUGAUGAAGCAAUAAUCCGAAGCAGGCUUUCUGAAUUUAAGAACCCAAAGGAUCCCCUUUGGCUGGCAGUUUUCCCAGAAGGCACUGAUUAUACUGAGAAGAAGUGUAUCAAAAGUCAAGAAUAUGCAGCAGAGCAUGGUUUGCCUGUUCUGAAAAACGUACUCCUUCCCAAGACAAAGGGUUUCAAUUGCUGUUUGCAAGUGCUGAGGAGUACCAUAGAUGCUGUGUACGACAUCACGAUCGCCUACAAACACCGGCCGCCGACAUUUCUGGACAACGUCUACGGCGUGGGUCCUUCGGAAGUCCACAUCCACAUCAGCAGCAUCCAGGUCUCCGACAUACCGGCGUCCGAAGACGGGGUGGCUGGCUGGCUGGUGGAGCGGUUCAGGCUCAAGGACGAGCUGCUGUCCGGCUUCUCCGCGCUGGGCCACUUCCCCGACGAAGGGACCGCCGAGGGGGACCUGUCGACGGCCGAGUGCCUCGCGAACUUCGCGGCCGUGGUCGCCGUCACGGGCCUGCUCGCGUACCUGACCCUGUUCUCGUCCGUGUGGUUCAAGCUCUUCGUGGCGUUCAGCUGCUCGUCUCUCACGCUCGCUACGUGCUACUCUGUACAUCUGCCCCAGAUGGUAGGUUUUGGCUCAGGUACCCCUGCGAGCAUCCACGCGAAGGAGGCUUGAGCGUAGUAGCGUUGUGACUGUAACUGAGAGCUGUAUGUAUGUCAGCAGAGAAUUUGGUACUGCUACCUGGACGCGGCUUUUGUAUCACCACGUUGCUGUGUGUAGUAUAUGUGUUGGUCAAUGUGUUUUUGCUACCGCCAUCUUUUAUCUGGUUCAAGUAAUUGGGCGUA